AUGGAGGAAGAAGGCGUCGCUGUCGGCUGCGGGGAGGAGGUGGUAGUGGAGCUGGAGGACGCGGUGAAGCUGCUGGUGGAGCACCUCGUGCUGCCGGCGCUGCCGCGCGGCACGCUCCUGCGGGAGGAGGCCCUGGAGCCGGAGAAGCAGGAGACCGUGGCGCGUCAGAUGCACGCGACGGUUCUCUUGUACAACUAUUACCACCGGAAGCAGUUCCCGCAGCUCGAAUUCGCCGACCCCGAGAGGUUCUGCAUGACCGCCUCCCUCACCGCCGGGGACGCUCUGCUCGUGUACCUGAACCAGGUCCACGACCACCACGGCAACGGCGCGGGGGACGGGCUCUCGGUCACCGACAAGGCAGUCAUCGAAGCCUGCGACAUUGCCGAGGCGCUCGACGCCACGAAGGACUCCCCCGAGAUGACUAUGUGGCCAAUCUCCAAGGUCGCUGUUCUGCUUCUCGAUCGGACAAAGAAGAUGUGCUUGCUCGAGCAUGGAUCUGAAACCAAGGGCGUCUUUUCGCUCUUGGAGAAAGAUAUCAAGUCGGCAUUAGGUGGCUCGCGUAGCAGUGACUUGUCCGUGAAGGAGUCAACUAGUAAAUCCGUAGUACUUCCUUCAGAGCCGCUCGUGCUUCAGCAGAUUGCAUAUUCAGAGUAUGACCAAACUGUCAAUAGCAAGCUUAAGGAAAUGCCAAUAGAAGUUCUGAUCGACAGGAUGAGUGGUCCUGUAUUUAGACGUGAUCCGUAUCUUGCAACGACAAAUGUUGUCGAGUGCUAUCAUGUACUGCCAUACAAGGAGGUUGUGUUAAACAUCCAGAACAGGGAAUGGCCUUUGGAUUGUUUAUUGAGUGUGCCAAAAGAACGAUUAUUUCAAUAUGGAAAGCCUUCAUCCCACUCUGAAAUAGAUGAAAGUUUGAAGGAACAAGAAGCCAAUAGCAGGUCUAAAAUGAAUAAAAUAGCCAUAAAUGUUUCAUCAACUCCAAAGAAAAAUAAACAGGUAGUAAAAGCAGUUGGUGAUAGUGGCACCAGCGAAGACAAGAAAAACAGUAACACGAACAGCAAAAGAAAACCUGAAACCUUCAUGGCCACACUUGCUACCUACACGGAGCAUGGGGAUGGCAAGAGCCCCACAAAAGAAACUGAUUCACUUGCUGCUCCAGUUGUGGAAAGUUUAAAAUUCGUGAGUGCAAAACCCACAAAAUCAACAAAUGGAGGGUCCAUAGAUUUACAAGCGAGAGUCCAAAUGGACAAGGACAGAACAGAGAAGCAUUCUAAGAGUAGAAAUAUACCCCAAGAUAUCUUUCUGGUUCCAGAUGUUGAUCCUGUAACUAAGAAUCAUGCUUUGGAGAGCCAAAAGGAGAAAGUCGCAGAAAAGUCUGGUGGCAUCACAGGUAGCAUGAAUAAUGUUCAGAAGUACGCGACACUGCAGUUACUUCAGAAGAUGCGGGAUGAUAGUCUCCGUGAGCUUUGCAAACUUGGAGAUCGAAGUGCUCAGUAUGAAAUGGAAAUUCAAACAAUCUUGACAGAAGGGGAGAUGACACCUAAAGUGACAUCAAUCCUAAAGAAAUAUGAGAAUAGCUGGAACAAGAUGGAAGGUGCCAAUCAAACCUGCUCUAGCGAAGGAUGCCAAACCAUGAACAUAAAGAGGAAGAAACUGAAAGAGGCCAUCCUUCUACGCAACAAAUGCCAGGAACUGGAUGACAUAUGCCGUGACAGCAACUGGAUUCUUCCAAGAUACAACGUACUUCCUUCAGUUACAGGUGAUAUGUACCAGGCCAGCGUCUACCUUACGGGCCCAGAUUUCGUUUUGAGUGCCGAUGAAGACAGCAAGGUCACCCCCCAUGAGGCACGGGACGCUGCGGCGUCCAACAUGCUGUACCAACUUCGGCAAAAGGCAAUGGAAAGCUAG